AUGAUCCAAGAAAUCAUGGACGCUUCUGAAAUGAGAUACUUGGAAGAAGAGGAUGGAGCGAUGAUGAAGACGAUCAAAGGUGCUGUGACCGGUUUUGCAGCUGGGACUAUUUACGGGACGGUCGUGGCAACAUGGAAAGACGUGCCUCGUGUCGAAAGAAACGUUGCUCUUCCAGGUCUCAUCAGAACAUUGAAGAUGAUGGGAAGCCACGGCCUGACGUUUGCUGCCAUCGGAGGCGUUUUCAUCGGCGUUGAGCAGCUGGUGCAGAGCUAUAGAGCUAAGAGGGAUUUUUUCAAUGGUUCCAUCGGUGGUUUCGUUGCUGGAGCCUCUGUUCUUGGCUACAAAGCAAGGAGCAUCCCAACCGCAAUAUCUGCAGGUGCUGCUCUUGCAAUCACCUCUGCUUUGAUCGAUUCUGGUGGCCAGACCACGAGAGUAGACACGGGCAGAGAAUACUAUCCAUACACCGUCGAGAAGAGAGCUGAAGCUGAUUCUUGA